GCGGAACGUCUGGAUCGAACAAGGACCUGGGAUUGCGCCGUUGAACGCACUAAUCACUGGGCUGCAGCUGCAGCUGUAGCUGUCACAAUCACCAAACAGCAGAUGACGAAGGCAAUGCAGUGACUGAGCCUGCCUCCUUCCUCCUCCCCUCUCUUUCUUCAUAUAAUCAUGCAGUAACAACUCAAUCAAAGCUUGAAAAGCCCUUCCGACCUUCGGCCUGAAUACAGUAGGUCUUAGCGCGCUGAUGGUGAGAUGUGAACGCUUUUCAAAUGAUUAUCAUCCUAGCCCAUCAAAUGAGACUGAAGACUGAUAUUAUUGCCCCCUUGGUCAUUUGUCAUUACUCAUUACCUAAGUUAGGUUAGCUAUGGACUCUAACCAACUUACCCCGCCACGCCUUAUCCUCGGCUCGACAACCACGAUCUGGAACGUCGAUAUAUCGCGGUAUCAAGCCCCUUCUCAUCAAUUUUAUGCGGACCCGUCACUACGGGAAUUCACUUACUCUCUGAUGGCAAACACAUCACUUCUCAAAGGGCUGUUCUUCGAUGUCUUUGGGACGGUUGUAGAAUGGCGCAACUGUGUGGCCAGCUCUCUGAGGGAAGCUGCCGAGCGGGCAUUGCGAGACCCUAAGAAAACACUUUCGUUGGCUCUGCGUGCCCGCGCGACGGCCAUGUCCUCUAACGACUGGCAGGAGUUGGUGGAAGAAUGGAGGGCGUCCUACGGCCAGUUCACAAGAAAAUUUGACCCAUCCCAAACUUUUAUCUCUAUUGAUGAACAUCAUUUCGACUCCAUCCAGAAGCUACUCCACCAGUAUGACUUGAAAGGACUGUUCACCGAGGAUGAACAAUGGGAGCUUGUUUUCAGCUGGCACCGACUCGAGCCGUGGCCGGAUUCAGUCAAGGGCCUUGAAUUGCUCAACCGCCGUUUCCGGACUUGCACUUUGUCCAAUGGCAAUAUCUCUCUCUUGAGAGACCUCCAACGCCAUGGAUCUCUUCCCUUCACGGAUAUUGUUAGUGCGCAACACUUUGAGGCAUACAAGCCGUCGCCGCAGGUGUACACUGGCGCAGCAAAGCGCUUUGGACUGGAUCCCUGCAAUUGUGCAAUGGUGGCUGCACACCUUUAUGAUCUGAAAGCCGCCAAGGCCCUAGGAUUUGCGACCAUUUAUGUGGAACGCAAUGAUGAGAAUCUCACUCCUCAAGAGAUUGCUCAAGCCAAAGAACAGUAUGUGGACGAGUGGGUCGACGGUGCCACGGAUGGGUUGAUCGAGGUCGCCCGGCGACUAGGCAUUCAAGAGGAACCUGACCUAGCCAGUACAUGCUCAGUCGGCUCAGACCUGGACUCAGUGUAA